AUGUCGCGACAAGUUUAUAGAGUCCCGAUACCACGUUCCUUGUCGUCUAUAUUUCAUCAUCCGUCAUAUGUUGUUGUAGCGUACUUAAUCACAGCGUUGUGUGAUACAUGUGAAAGUAGUAGCACCGUAGUAGGAGCAGUGUUCUGGGUAGGCUACUUCAAUAGUGCCCUUAAUCCACUUAUCUAUGCCUACUUCAAUCGUGAAUUUCGUGCAGCCUUCCGCAAAACUCUUGAAAGUUGUUAUGGUUUCUUAGCACCUGUACCAGAUGUGAGACAAAUUCACAGAAAACAUGAUUUCGUUCACAGUAAUGCCUCAUCAGAAUUGCACAUACACAAUGCCGCUCGAGGAAGCGAAAUGACUAAUGUCCACAUGGAGGCGUGUAUUUAA